AUGGAUGAGAUGUUUGUGCGCGCUAUGCUCUAUCUGUCGCUGACCGUGGUGGGAGUCCCAGGCAACACCGUUGUUAUCCUGUCACUCCUGCUGCUUCUGUACCAGAAGAACCAGCUCCUGCCAGCUGAGACCAUCAUGCUACAUCUGGCCUGCGUUAACCUGUUGGUGGUGGGCGUCCGCUGCCUGGCAGAGACCCUCGCGUCCUUGCACCUCUCUGCAAACAUCUUCGUGGAUCUUGGAUGCAAAGCUAUCAUCUUUGUUUACAGGACAUCGAGGGCGCUUUCAAUAUGGCUGACUUUUGUGUUGAGUGCCUACCAGUGCUUGAGCAUCGCCCCUCCUGGGUCACGGUGGGUGUCGACUCGCGCUGUGGUUGCCGAUUAUUUAAAGGUGGUGUUUUUCAUACUCUGGCUGAUGAACACAUGCCUGAGCAACGGCGCUAUUCUCUUCUCUUUGAGCAGCAAAACCAACAAUACGCAAAAAAAUCAUGGCAUCAACGUUCAGUUCUGCUAUGUGCAGUUUCCCUCAAAGAUCUACAAGCAGGUGGUUGGCGCGGUGCAGGUGGGCAGAGACGUGGUGCCAAUGGCUCUCAUGGCCCUCACCAGCCUCCUCAUCCUUGUCAUCCUCUACAAGCACAGCCAGCAGGUGAGGCGGCUUCGCAGCAACGGUGGAGGAGGCGCCGAGCAACGUGCAGCCAAAGCUGUGGUGACACUGGUAACGUUGUAUGUGCUUCUGUAUGGCGUCGAUAACGGGAUUUGGGUUUACACACUGACCGUGAAGAAGACCAUGAGUAGCUCGCUGCUCUCUGACCUGCGUGCGUUCUUCUCCUCACUAUAUGCCGCGUUGAGCCCGCUGGUUAUCAUCGCAUCUAACAGGAAAGUGUCAAGGAGGCUGGGUUUUGUGUCUACCACUCACAUUUCUACACCCAUAGAGCUGAUCUCCUGGGGGACUGGAAAUGAGAAGCAGCAGCUGAGACUGGCUGUGGCGUCGGCACUUCGGACACCUCUUGCCUUUCACCCCCCGCUGGUCUGUCAGGAGUUUCUCAUUAGCAGUGGUGGGCAAUGGACACAUCACCUCAUCACCUCCCAGCAGGACGAGGAGCCUCCACCUGACCUUGGGAUACGUCUGAGCCAGCGGCCCACCAGCUCUCAGGAGGAGGAGGUGCCGGGUUACAGGCUGAAGGUAGCUUAA